UCUUCUCCCCGUCUAGGGGUACCCACAGAGCGGCCGGGAGGGAACGCCGCUCCUGGUGUGGUGGGCAGCUGGUGGGAGCUGCUCAGGCUGGAGCCACGGGAUUUUAAAGGACCUGUCUCUGUCAUUUUUACUUUUAGGAUUUUGGCCAAAUUGGGCGAGGGUACAAUAUUACCACUUACCCCUUCUCACCGAGGAAGAGCGGGAGAAAGGGUAAGUAUGGCACAGUCUCAAGGCUGGUUGAGAAGAUGCUUCAAGGCCUUUUGCAAAGGUUUCUUCGUGGCGGUCCCUGUGGCAGUCACUUUCUUGGAUCGGGUGGCCUGCGUGGCUCGGGUGGAAGGAGCGUCGAUGCAGCCUUCUUUGAAUCCUGGGGGAAGCCAGUCCUCGGAUGUGGUACUUUUGAACCACUGGAAAGUGAGGAAUUUUGAAGUUCAACGUGGUGACAUUGUGUCAUUGGUGUCUCCUAAAAACCCAGAACAGAAAAUCAUUAAGAGAGUGAUUGCUCUUGAAGGAGAUAUUGUAAGAACAAUUGGACACAAAAACCGGUUGGUCAAAGUCCCCCGUGGUCACAUGUGGGUUGAAGGAGAUCACCAUGGACACAGUUUUGACAGUAAUUCUUUUGGACCGGCUGAGUUAGAGGUGUUCAAUGAGAAGAACAAGAAACUACUCUGCUCCUCACAUACACUCAGACUGAAGGAGAUGCUCAAGAGGCUGUUCAGCAAUUGGAGGAAGCAGCACUUUGUAACCUGCAACUCCUGAUGUGUUAACACUCGCUCUGAUUGAAACUGCCUGGAAACUUUCCUGAUUAUUGAUGGGACAAGGCUUAGUUUAAUAAGAAAACCUUAAGCUCAAAAACUGUAAUUGAAAACAUAAUACAAUUCACAAA